UCAACAACAAGUUUGGCCUGAGGUGCAAGAACUGCAAAACCAACAUCCACCACCACUGCCAGACCUACGUGGAGAUGCAGCGCUGCUUCGGCAAGAUCCCCCCAGGCUUUCGCCGGGCGUACAGCUCACCCCUCUACAGUGACCAGCUCUGCAUCAAGGACCAGCUCUCCGCCGACAGGAGCGACCCCGUGUUUGAGACCUUGCGGACGGGCGUCAUCAUGGCCAACAAGGAGCGCAAGAAAGGGCAGGAUGACAAGAAAAACCCUUUGGCUGCUAUGAUGGAUGAGGAACCAGAGGCCACAAAGCCACAAGGAGGCAAAACCGAGGGCGGCACCUCUGAAGGGAACAAGAAGACUGAGAAGAGCUCAACAGAUGACAAGAGCAAGAAGCCACAGCCAGGGACACGUGGUGGCUUCCCACAGUCUCACUAUUUUGUGGCAAUUUAUCGCUUCAAAGCCCUGGAGAAAGAUGACCUGGAUUUCCCGCCCGGGGAGAAGAUCACAGUGGUCGAUGACUCCAAUGAGGAGUGGUGGAGGGGGAAGAUUGGGGAAAAAGUCGGAUAUUUCCCUCCAAACUUCAUCAUCCGGGUGCGGGCGGGCGAGCGCGUGCACAAGGUGACGCGCUCCUUCGUGGGCAACAGGGAGAUUGGGCAGAUCACGCUCAAGAAGGAUCAGAUCGUGGUGCAGAAGGGAGAGGAGGUAAACGGUUACGUCAAAGUCUACACCGGCCGCAAAGUGGGGCUCUUCCCCGUGGACUUCCUGCAG